CGCCAGCACAAAGUGCAGUACUCAGUCCGCGGAAUAUCCCAUCAAAACAGAAUGUCGGCGAUCGGAAAGAUCGGAUUCCUGGGCGGUGGCAAUAUGGCCAAGGCUUUGGCCAAAGGGUUUCUGGCAGCAGGCCUGGCGAAACCCAAGACCCUGAUAGCUAGUGUCCAUCCGGCGGACAAGCUAUCCCUGCAGUCCUUCCAAUCCCUGGGCGUGGAAACAGUGGUUAAGAACGAACCCGUUGUGCAACAAUCUGAUGUGGUCUUCGUGUCCGUGAAACCCCAAGUGGUUCCCUCCGUUUUGUCGGAGAUUCAGCCCCUCAGUGCCGGCAAACUAUUUCUGUCCGUGGCCAUGGGCAUCACCUUGUCCUCCAUCGAAUCCAGUCUAUCUCCGCAAGCGCGUGUGAUCCGCGUGAUGCCCAAUCUGCCGGCAGUGGUUUGCUCUGGCUGCUCGGUAUUCGUUCGCGGAUCCAAAGCCACCGAUGCAGAUGCAGAGGUCACCGAGAAACUCCUGCGAUCCGUGGGCACUUGUGAGCCGGUGGAUGAGUCGCAGUUGGAUGUGGUUACUGCUCUCAGUGGCAGUGGACCGGCCUAUGUGUUCGUGAUGAUUGAGGCCCUGGCGGAUGGAGCCGUGCACAUGGGAAUGCCGAGGGAUCUGGCCUACCGCCUGGCAUCGCAAACCGUCCUGGGAGCCGGUCACAUGGUGCGCGACAGCGGUCUGCAUCCAGGACAGCUGAAAGACGGGGUCACUAGUCCUGCGGGUUCGACGGCGGCAGCCCUCAGACAACUCGAGCUGUCAGGUUUUCGAGCGGCUGUGUCUGGAGCGGUGGAACAAGCGACUCUGCGGUGCCGGCAAAUCUCGGGGAAGAAGGCAUAGGAACCUAGUUCUAAAUAUACAUUGGGGUGGGUCUACUUUGUAAAUAAACUUAUUAUAGUGAACAAAAUAUUUUUAAUAAAACUGGUACUCCCCAAACAUAGCUUUA